AUGCUGGGAAGAGACGUGCCAUCAUUUUGAAAGACUACCACCUGAGGAAACCAGUUUUGGGACAGACGCAGAGACUGAUUGUUCCGCUAAUUAACCAAAACCAAGGCUUAACACUUAUAAUUUACAGUAUUCUCAACAUGACGCAUUUAAUAAAAUGUAUGAGAGCUUCCAUCACUUCACACCGGAAGGAAGGACGCAUCUGCGUCGAGAGUGCUAGGUUUCGUGCCGCAAAGACAAAAAAACGACGCGGCCGAAGAGGCGUUCAAUUAUGCUCCCGAACAACACAAACUUCCCCGCCAUCUCGAUUAUGGGAAACGCAGUACGUUAAAGGCAAUUCCUGAAUCAACCCCGUCCACCUGAUCGAUGGCGGAGCGGACGUCAAACUUCCUCAAGUCGACAGUCUCUGAGCAAGAAUCGGCCCCCUCCACGACGAACUCAUCCACCGCCGCCCCAUCUUCCACCACCUUCAACGGAGCGGACGGCAGAUCCCAGAGAUCGGAGUCCACGUAGCGCCGGUACUCCUCCUGCUCUAGCAUAGGCGGGGCCGACUGCUGGACAACUAGAAUCUCCUCGUCCUCUCCCACGCCGCUGCCGCCGCCCUCCGCGAGAGAAGGCGGAGACGAGGAAUCCACCCCGAUGACGACGGCUAGCUUGUAGAUCGCCAUUCCCGGAAAGGUCCGACAGGAGCACGACUCGGUCGGCGGACUGCUCGGGCAGUCCCAGAACAAAGCAGACUCCUUUCAGUACAAAAGGUGGCUCCUCCUCAAGGCCACGACCAAAAAAGGAUUGGCCGUUGGGGAAAUAGACCCCCCACAAACACGUGGCGGGGUUCGCACAAACGUCAGCCUCGAAUUGCACAUUAUAAUAAUAUUAAUACAUUAAUCAACCAUGGGGAUGAGAGAGGAGAGAGAGAGAGAGAGAGGGUCAGAAAAAAUGCACUCUUUCUUCAAUUGACACCAGAAAAAGAUGCGCUCCCCCGAGAUCCUCGGGGGAAUUACGGCGGGAGUUGGGAGAUAAAUGAAGAAUCUUUAGAGAGAGAGAGGGUCACAAAAAUGCACUCAGUUUCUUCAAUUGAGAGCAGAAAAAGAUCCACUCCCCUGAGAUCCUCGGGGGAACUACGGCGGGAGUUGAGAGAUAAAUGAAGUAUCUUAAGAGAGAGAGAGAGAGAGAGAGAGAGGUGAAAACUGAGCGCCCGUGUGGUGCAGCCAACUGAUGGAGAUCCAGCAGAGGUUGAGCUCGGCAUGUGGAACGUAAAUAGAGAGGAUCCUGGUGACUGAUUACCUCAGGAGGCAGAGACACAGAGAAGAUUUACAAAAUAUGGGAGCCAAACCCACCAUGCAAACUAUGAGCUGUCUAUAUAUAUCAUAGAAGAAGAUCUUGACCAGGGGGAGCCUGCUGGAUCACGUUUAGAGGACCCUCCGCCUCCUCCUUGCGCCUGUGCCUGCGAGGAUGAUUGCUCCUGUGGGACCCUUUGUGGCUGA